UAUGUCGACAGAGGUGCAUGAGCAAGCACACGAACUCCGCCCUGUGCAUCAUCAAUCAACUGCCGACUCGGGACACGUGCAGCUUGAUGGGCCAGCUAACCCGGGACAACAACCAUGCACCCCGGAGGCCCCGGCGGCUGUAGAGACUGAAGAAUUAUUUCUCGGAGAAGCGAGCACGUUUCAUGUGGAUCUAUAUGAUGGUGGAUUGGGUAGUGCGAGUGGAGUAGGGCAGGAGCUGCUGGCAUCAAGUGCAACACAAAUCGCCCCAGCGUCUGCCCCCUCUGGCACUGAAGAUGCAGCACCACUCCCAGCUCAGCAGCCACGAUCCACUCACCAGCUCCGAAGACGUCGUGCACGCGUUCGAUGGAGGUUAUGGUUGACAUCGAAGCUGUACGUGAUCAAGAUUGCAUUGGCAUCCAAAAGGGGAAAGAUGAUCACGACGUGUACCUUUACAUUUAUCCAAAUCACCGCAAUCAUCGCGCUGCUGAUUGUAUCAUCUCGCGUACAGAGCCCUGCGGCACCAGGGUACUCGCAAUGGGAUGCUUGCCCUCGGCGCCUACAGGCAUUCGACAUCAUCCAGGUCGGAAAGGCUGUAAUAGGAUGGCCUGUUAAUGUUUGGUGGAUCCUACGUCAGCCAAACGAGAGCAUCCCCCUCUCAACCAUGGGACGCGUCGCGUAUCGACUCCGACAAGACUUCAUACCCUACUUCACUGCAAUACUCCAUAUUGUGCUCUCUGCUGUACUAUUUUCCACGUUGACUGGAUCACCUACUGCCUGGGAUCUCUCUCCAACUAUCUUUUUCGCCUGCAUUGUAGCUCUUUUCAGAACCUGGCUGGCUGUUGCGGAGGUUGUGUUACUGGUUGUUGGUGGAGCCAUCUAUGCUAUAUGUUAUGCUUCUCUCGCGAUUUUUUGUCCGGGGAUCUUACCCCGACGAGCAGUACGCCUUGGCGGCAUCAACCCGACCAUCGGUCCACUCUCCACCACCCAACUCGAGCAAAUUCCAAUUGUACAAUAUGCAUCUAUGUCCACCGUUUCUCUCGUCUUACCCCCUCCUCCCUCAAGCACUCUAGGGCGCUUACGACUCAAACGCAACGAUACUUCGCUUUCCGCUUCGAGACAGGCCGUAGGUCCCAAGAGGCACAAGAUAGAGAAGCACAGAGCAGCCUGUGCCAUAUGCUUAAACGAUUUUGUCGAUAUGAAACGUGUGCACAACGCGCCUCCAGUCGAGCAGCCUCGAUCUGCCGCUUCCCAUAACACCCAGUUUGGGACAGCGCCUUCUAGUCCCCUAUCCCUAGUCAGUCCUGCAGCGACGAGAAGGUCGGCUGAAGGUACUGGCGUGGAUGUGGAACAAGGCAACGAGGCUACUAUUCCGGUCGUGUUCCUCGCCCCUGCCGGUACUUCGCCACUAGGGGAGGAGUUGCCCAGGCCCACACCGACAGAACCGGAGGAGCUGAGAUUGUUGCCAUGCGAACAUGUAUUUCAUAAAGAGUGUAUCGAUCCGUGGCUGCGGGACGUCUCCGGGCGUUGUCCAACAUGCCAGAGACCCGUUUUUGGGGGUGAGGAGGACGAAGCAGUUUAAAAUUUAUACAAAAACGGUCAUGUUCACACAGUGUCUUACUAGAGUCCUACGUUCCAUCUUCCCCCUCUUCAUUUGUGGAUGCUGCUCAUAUCAUAUGUAACAAUU